AUGGCCCGCCAACUACAAUCCCGUCUCGCCCUUGCCAGCUACAAAACCCAACGUGGUUGGGAAAACCUCGAUCUUGACACCAUCGAACCCCGGGUCGACCAGGACCUUAUGCGCAAGCGAAUGCAGUCUAUCCAGGAAGGUUCGCCGCCACACCCUCACCUUACAAAUGGCUCCACCAACAACCACUAUGAUGAUAAUAAUAACGACUUGAAUGGUAACACGAUGGGAGGAGUGUUAAUGGGAAAUAAUAUCAAUAACAACUCCAACAAUAUCAGACGGCGGCCGGGCAGUGGUUCAUCGUCUUCGAAUACGGCUAGUCCAGCACAUAGGAAGAAACGUGCAAGAACGGCGGCGCCAUUUGGGGAUCAUACCAGGGGAGGGGGUUUAUACGUCCAAAACAAUGUGGAAGAUCAAGAUCUAGACGUCGAUAUGAUUUAUGAACCAAGCGCACGGCAUAGUUUUCGAAACCACAACAAGAAUAGAUUAGCAUGGAAGGAAUCACACAGGCUACCUCAAUCAUCGCCGGGAUAUCAUCAUUAUUCUCAUCACCACCAUCAUCACAGCAACAGCAGUUUCGAUAUGGGCUCACAACCUCAAUUUUCAUUUACAAACUCACCGACAAGGAGAGGUAGUCCGUCAUUAGAAAUAAGUCACAGCCGUCAUCACAGCCACCAUUAUCAUCAAGACUACGAACACCAACCGAUAUUCCAUUCCUCGCCGCCUAGAACUCCACCGCACAGAACAAUACCCGCACGACCAGUUUUCACCACAGCCGGCGAGAAACUGGAAGAACGCAGCAACAGAGGCAAUAAUAACUCCAACAAUCCCAACGGUAAUAACAACGGUGGGAAAGCAGACGGCGAAGGCGCAGAUUUAUUACUAUACCUAGCAACAUCGCCAUCUCCAAAUACAAUGACAAAAGCAAAUGUAUCAGUCGCACCAUCGACGCCACCGGCAAAGGGUUCUGCGGCCGCAUUACCAUCUUCGAUGAUGAAUACGCCCGGUGGGGGAGGAGGGUUAGGUGGUAGUGGGAGUUUUAAUUUUCAUGAUUUUGUGCAUAUUACGCCUAGUCCUGCGCAGGGCCUGUGGGGCAACGGUGGAAGCGGGAGGACACCGAUGACGAUGCAGGCGAGGAGACGGUUGAAUUUUGAUGGGUUAGUGCCACCGAGUCCUAUGAAUGGUUCUCAGGGCUCUCAGGGCUCGCAGGGGAAAGUUGCUGGACUUGGGAUGGAGCUGGGAGGGGAGCUGGUAUCACCGACGUCUGGGUUAUAA